CUAUCGAAGUGAGCACACCACCAUUUUCUUUGUCAAAAUAAAUAGUAAAUAAAUAAAAAUUGAAUUCACCUGCGAAACGAAGCGAACACACACCCUGAACGGCUCAAAUGGACGACGAGGAGACCUCAGAAAUCAAUUCUGUGCACGGGGAGGAUGCAGAUGUGCAGCGGGAGGAAUUCCAGGAUCUGCAGGUGGAAUCCCUGGAGCAAGCUUGGCAGGAUGCAAUAGAGGAGGAGGAGCAGGAGGAGUCACCGCGGGCUGAGGAUGCGGAUCCACUGGCCAUCGAGGCGGGCGGCGCUGCUCACCAGGAGCCCAUGGUGGAGGACGCCCAGCAGGACGACACCGCCAGCGAGGGCAGUCAUCCCAGCAGCGACAUGUCCCUGGAGAGUCCAGGAAGUGAGGAUGACUCUGACUUAGAGCGCCUGCCCCGCUGGAUGAUUCCCCAGAACCGCCUGCGCUCCGCCGUCGACAUGAUGGUCUCCCAGGCACGCAACCGGGAUGGCGGCAUUGCCGCCCUGCUCAACCGGGACAACUUCCUGCAGCGCGUGCGCAGCAUGGUCUUCAGCCAGGAGCGUCGACGCAGUCGCAACAGUGAGGAGACUAGCCAGGAGGCCACCGAUCAGUCGGAUGAUCACCCGGCAGCUGCACCCACACCACGUCCGCCCAUCGACAUUGAACUGGAGGAGGGCGUGCGCUUCGACACCAAUCUGGCGGCCGAGCAUUCGUACUUCGGCAACCAUUUGAGUCGCGUUCCCGGCGUCGACUAUUUGGAGGUGGGCAGCACCCAUCACAUGCUCAUCUUUCUGCACCAGCACAUCCUGUUUCCCGGCGAGGUUCUGCCCUUCAUGAUCGACGGCCGCAUGUUCGACGAGGAUAUGCCCGGCCUGGAUGGUUUGAUCUUCGGCGUGGGCUUUCCGCUGAUGCAGCCGCCGGAGGAUAAUCCGCACAAGCUGUACGGCGUCACUUGCCAGAUUUACGAGAAGGGCGAAAGCGGCCGUGGUUUGGUGUUCUACAAAUCAAGAGCUCUACAGCGCAUCGUCAUCAACUGCGAUGAUAUACAGGGGCCUCCCCAGUACAUUGCCCGCAAUCCCACAAGCAAAUGCUUCAGCAAGGUCAAAAUAUUGCCCGAGUACUUCCUGCCGGAACCCCUGCAAUCCGUUGACAUGGGCUCGAUGGCCAGGUUUCGGGAUAUUCCCUCGAUGCGCGACAAGUAUCAGCGGUUCCAGCUGGCCAGCACUCCCUGGCCGGCGGAUGCCUGCCAGGAGUAUUCGUUCAGUGCCAUCGUAGAGCGCGCACGCCAGCGGCUAGAGACCCAGAAGAUAGACACCAUGCCAAAGUGCCCCAUCCAGUUGUCCUUCUGGCUGGUGCGCAAUCUCCACCUGACCGAGAAGAUGAUGCGCCUGACCUUCCUCACGGACUCGGUGAACACGCGCCUGCAGCUGAUCAAGAGCACGUUCCAGGAGGAGUCGCUCUUCUUCUGCCGGUACUGCAACAGCAGCCUGGCCCACUGCUCGGAUCUCUUUGCCAUGUCCAAGCACGGAGUGCAGACCCAGUACUGCAAUCCAGAGGGCUACAUCCACGAGACGAACACCGUGUACCGGGUGAUGUCCCAUGCCAUCGGCUACAGCGGCGAGCCGUCCACCAAGUUCAGCUGGUUCCCCGGCUACCAGUGGCACAUCAUCCUGUGCAAAUUCUGCGCCCAGCACGUCGGCUGGGAGUUCAAGGCGGUGCAGCCCAACCUGACGCCCAGGUUGUUCUUCGGUUUGGCCGGCUCGAGCGUGCGAAUUGGAAAGGCCAGCGAGAAUACGCCGGUGAAUGGCAGCACCUACGUGGUGCGCAACAUGCUGCGGCUGAUCACCAACGAGAUGGAAUGAGGCUGGCGCGUUGUGAAGCGAUUGCUCAGCUGUCGUUCGGCCGCCGGAGAAUAAUUCGUUUAAUUCGUUUCACAACCACAUUUAGUAGAACCCACGGCGUCUGAGGGCGUGGCUGUAAACCGAAAGAUUGAUCUACAUAUGAAUGCAUAUAUGUUCUUUAGUUGAAGUAAAUUAUACCUAAUUGAUAUUUAAGAUUAUUCGAAACUAAAGCUUCUCUCUAAUAAGUUACCCUUAAAA